ACAAUGUUUUAGUAAUUUCACAUUCGUAAAUCACACAUUAAUUAUUCUGUGAAUGAGGUCUUAAAUAACUGUAACGUAACAUAAAUGGCUAGUGAUGUCGCGUUAUCGUUAGUGUUCGUCGGGUCGGCCGCUCCAAGGGGAGUUCGUAACUUCUUACUGCCUUCGCCCGCACAUAAAUAACAAUGUUUUUAUAUAAAACUCAUGUAUUCUUGAUAAUAAGUUUGUCCUCGAUUACAGUUAGGGCACAGGAUGACGAAAUAUUUUCAAAUCUAAUUGAUGGCGGACUAACACCGAUGCAAAAUUUUAAAGCGGACUUAUAUGAAGUAGACAGAAAGGAACCAACUGAAGAACCAGAAAAGGUUGAGAUCAAAUUGUUCUACGAAUGUUUGUGUCCCGAUUGCAGAAUUUUUGAUACGAUGAGUUUAAAACCCACGGUGGCGAAACUAGCCCCGUAUUUGAAACUGCAUCUUUAUCCUUAUGGGAAUGCACAGACAACUGAAAUCAGUGAUGGCGUUUAUAAAUUCAAAUGCCAGCAUGGUCCGAAGGAGUGCUACGGUAACAAACUGCACGCCUGUGCCAUCGACUACCUGAGCAACAUCACUGCAACUGUAUUCUUCAACUCCUGUCUGAUGGACUCUGCAAGAAAGAACAAUGGAUCUGAUGAUCAAGCUGCUGAUGAGUGCGGAAGAAUUCUGGGUGUACACCCAGGUCAGAUCAAGUUUUGUGCGAAACAUGACAGAGGUAUGUACUUACUCAAACACUUUGGAGAUGAAAGCAAGAAGGUUGGCUUCAAGUACGUUCCGUACAUCCUCAUCAACGGGGUAGAAAACGACGGGAGUAAAUUCAUGAAAGACGUCUGCGCAGCGUUCAAGCACCCACCCGCAGCGUGUGCACAGGCACAGUGAGCGUAGUAUUAAAAAUAUUAAAUGUUUCUUUAUAAUUUACGCAA